UGUAUUUUAUAAAAAUAAGUAAAUCUGUUUCUUAACUUCAGAUGCAGACAAUUUUUUUAUGGGAAUGAUUUUUCUCAACCUUUCUUAAACCAAGCUGAGGAAGAAAUUAUUUUCUGAUAGAUCGUAACAUGUGAAAAGAUGUACUGUGUGUAGCGUGUGCUCUUGAUGUGGGAAAGACUGGAGGAUAUUGUGUUGUGUUCAUUUUUGUACAUAUUGUAACAAGUAUAAUUUUUGCAUCGGUCACAGCUGAUUAAAAAAAUGACCUCCCUGGAAGAUUUCUAUGAAGGGGUCAUCUCCCAGGACACCAAGCGUCGUCUACAGACCCAUUCGGACCUGGUUCCAUUUCUCAGUGACCCUCGCAGCUCCCUAGAAUGCCACCAGAUCAACAUUGAUCAGAUGAUUGAGGGACUUUCAAACUGGGUCAAAAGUAGUAACUUCAAGGUGUCCCUGAAUGGGCUGGAGGUCCUGUGUUUGAUGGUGGACCGCAUGGGGGAGAACUUUAGACCACAUGUGACAACAGUCCUGCCUGCUGUUAUUGACAGGCUGGGUGAUUCCAAGGAUCAGGUCAGGGACAUGGCGCAGCAGCUCUUGUUAAAGCUGAUGAUGCCGGCGUCCACACCACAGUAUGUGUUUGACAGACUGGGUCCAGCCUUUAGCCACAAACUGUGGCAUGUUAAAGAAGGAGUUCUGCUCACACUACAAAACACAAUCAAUAGAUACGGUGCUCGCUGUUUGCUACUUUCAAAGAUAGUUCCAGAUAUUUGUAAAUUGUUAGAUGACCCAAGUCCUCAGGUUAGAGAGGCAGCAACCUAUGCCAUUGUAGAAAUUUAUCGGCAUGUUGGUGAAAAGACACUGAACUAG